UAUCCUAGUUAGUCAAUGAUUAUACAUAUCUAUAAUAAAAUAUCGUACUUUAAGAACUGUUUCUAUGUGUAAGAUAACUGUAGUACGUUCUAGGUAGAAUCGUACUUCGGCACACCUGUUUCAUUCAUUGGAUUCAUAUUUAGUUACUUUGUCUACGAUCGAAAAUAUAAGAAGGUUAUCGAAAAACUAAUUUUGUUAAUAAGAUAUGAGAAGGAAAAUGUACUCAAAAAGUGUGAAGUGCAAUAAAAACAAAUAAUUUGGCAGUAUUGUUUAAUAAAUGUUAAAUAAAGAAAGACGGAUCUAUCAUGUAAAUGAAACAAUGCUAAUUAUACAAAAUGACUAAUGGAAUAAAUAUUUCUUGAAAGAAAUAAUGUUGUACUUUCUACUACCUUCCGGGAAGGUAGUAUAUGAAUUUAAAACAUUUAAAUAAAUGUACUAUUUCUUAACAAUUAUAUUUUAAACACGACAUAUAUAAAUAUGGCACAAAUACAAACUUCAGGCACGGAUGGGCUGCCAAAGCAUUUUGUUACCGCUAUGCGUACACUUUUUGAUAUUAUGGAUGACCAAAAUACAGGCUUUGUGAAAUUUUCUGAUAUUGAAGGCAGAUGGCAAGACGAUGGAACACAAGGUCUUCCAAAAGGUGUUUUAGACAGCCUUAAAAAUGUCACUCCACCCAAUGGCUUAUUGUCUUUUGAAAGAUUUUGUACAGGACUCAAGAUAUGUUUACUACAAAUUCAAACGGAUAGUGAUACAAAGAAACACGAUGGUCAACCAAAUAGACCACCAUCUGCUCCAAUACUUAUACCUGACAAUCAAAAUAAAACAACAUGGACAUCCCCGAAUACAGCAACUAUUAGGCCAAAUAAUGCUAUAUCUCAGCAGCGUACUUUAAGCAUGCCACAGUUAUUACCAGGUCGAAAGGAUGUAAAUCAUACACACUUAGAAUUAAUGGAUGGUACGCCUAGAAGUGGGCCUGAAUUGAAACUAAAUAAGGCGUAUGGACCCCCAAAACCUCCACGUAUGGGUGUUGCAUUAGACACUAGGACUGUUAAUUCAGAUAGAAAUUUUGACAAAUCUGAAAUUCGAACUGUAUUGCAAAAUUGGCAGAUGGGUUUAUUAAUGAAUGAUGAUAAAGCUAUAGAAAAAAGACAAUUGCCAGCAGUGAAUUACAGAUCUGAUACUAGAACGUUAUUAAGACCAGCUAGAAUAUUAGGAGAUGGUAAAGCAGUUGAAUUACAAAAUAGUAAUCAAGUUGGCUUACAGCCAAAGAAAGUAUUAAGUAGGCGUAGAGAACCUAGGCGUCACACGUUGCAGAAUGGUAUUGAUUAUAAUAUGAUGAAAAGAAUGAAACAAAUUGAACAGGAGAAAGACGUAUUACUUCAAGGUCUUGCUGCAGUCGAUAAAGCCAGAGAAUGGUAUUUGAAACAAAUCUCUUCUACUCAGGAAAAAAUCAAACAUCUUGGACGUAUGGGAUCUCAUGUGGAACAAUGGACAGAAGCACAACAAGAACGUUUAGAAUUACAACGUGCUCGAGUUUUAGAAGUUAACAGACAUUUAGCUGCAUUAAUAAGUAGUUGGGAACGUGGUGGACUUCCCCUUCACAUGAAUCUUGCUUUCCUUAGUACUCCUACAUCCACUCAACUUCAACAAGAUAUUUUGUCUAGGUUAAAACAACAAAAUCAUAGAUUAACAGAGGAAGUCAGUAAAAAAAGCCAGCGGAUAGCAAUACUUGAACAAGAAAAGGACAACUUGAUUCGAGAAUUGUAUAAUAGACAAAGUGGUAUGGUUCAAUCUAGAAGAGCAACAAUGAUACAUGAACAACAUGAUCAAACAUUCAUGUACGUUAUCAAAAGCUUGUGAUUUGGAUCAAAUGCAAUAUGGAUGUCGUAUCUAUAAUGCUCAAUGCAGAUGCGGUUACGGUUGUUCCUCCGAAUAUAGAUAUAGUACUAACGAUGAUUGCAAAGAAGCGUUAAGAGGUAGACGUAGCGAUAUAUGUUAUAGAUCGAAACCUUGUUUAAAUGGGGGAUCAUGCUUGCAAAUAUCAUCAGAUCCUGGAUUUAAAUGUCGCUGCGAAGGAACUGGUUAUUACGGGCCACACUGUGAUAAACGUUAGUAAUCAUCCCCGAUAAAUAAUAAUUACGAUCAUAAAUUUUCCGGACAUUUGACCAAUUAAUUGGUAACUGUUCAAUUUGUCAUAUAAUCUGCUUAAUUUCCAACUAUUUGAUACUUGUGUGAUUGUACAAUAAAAAAUUAUUGAUACAAAAGUUGAUUCAACGAGUCUAGUCUAAUAAUAGAAAAUAUAAUUAUAAAAAAGAAUCUUUCUCAAUAAAAUAAUGUGUUUUGCAGCUUGCCCAGGACCAAAUAAUCAACGUUUCCGGGGACCGUUUCCUUACGAAUGUGUUGUGAUUUAAUUUGUAAUUUUGCCUUCUUUUAAUCUAUCAAAAAUCAAAUACAUCCAGUAUGUUAAGUACAAAAAAUAAACAUAUUUUGCGAAAAUUUACACAUCUUUGUACAUACAUAAUAAAUAUAUUGUAUAUACGGUAAUCGUUUUAUUACUAGAAAUAUUUUAAAAAAUUAUUAAAAAUAAUACUUAUUAAAGAAAUGA